AUAUCUUCAAACAACCGGAAAAUGGAGAUGUGUGCAAAUCGAAUAGGCUAUGGUUAUUAAAGAAUCAGCGAAUUUCCACACUAGAUAACACAACAAAAUAAAUUGGAAUUCAUUUUGUGUUAAUUCAUCACCAAUCAACGGAUAGAACGAAACACCCACAUUGUUAAAUAUUAAAUGCAAAAGGGUUUGUUUAUCAUUGGAAAAUACACAAUACUCAAUCAAAAUUCAUUAUGAAUUUAAUUAAUAAUAAUGAAACAAAUUACAAGAAGAACAAUAAUAAACGGCGAAAAUCAAUACUAAUAAAUGUACUAUUGUUGUUUAACAAUAAUGAAAAUAUAAAAUUUUGAGAAGAAAUCACAAUCAACAACAAAUUCAACAAUGGAUCAUAGUGUAAAAGCAAUGAACUCACAUCGUCGAGUGGCUUGGGCACGAUUAUUAAAUCGUCAUCGAUUCGAAAACGAUGAAUUGGAAUUACUUUAUCAACGAUACAUUUUCAAACUCCAACAUUCAAGUGUUGCAAGUGUUGUUGCAUUAUUUGUAAUUCUAACAGCAAUCCUAGCAAAUUUAAGUUUUGCAUACGCUCAAGCCCCAACAGCUCAAAAUGUUUACCAUGCUGUACAUUGUCUGUUAUUUGCAUUACUGUUAGCAUUCAUUAAUACGCGAUUAAUGCAAGAUGCGUACUUGUUGUGGGUAUGUUAUGCGAUACUUUUCUUCUGUGCAACAUUUUCGGCUGUGGCAUUACCAUUGGGUGAAAUACCAACCGAUGAUCCCGGUGGAGGUUACGUAAAUCCGGUGCGAUUGGAAACGCGGCGUGUCAUAGCGGAAGGUGUUUGGCAAGUUGUGUUUGUGGUAUUUUUAGCGUAUGCAAUGAUGCCGUUAAAAACAUGGGUUGCGGCAGUGUUUGGAUGUAUUUUACCAAUUGUUCAUAUGGCAGUGGCAUCGAUUUUUGCACAGGAGUUCCCGUAUCUGACAUGGCAACAGUUAACUGCAAAUUCAGUCAUAUUUAUAUGUGUGAAUGUCAUUGGUAUUUUUGUGCACAAUUUAAUGGAGCAUGCUCAACGUAAAGCAUUUUUGGACACACGAAAUUGUAUAGCCGCACGACUUGAAAUGGAGGAUGAAAAUGAAAAAUUGGAACGCCUGCUGCUUUCUGUGUUACCACAACAUGUGGCAAUGGAAAUGAAAAACGAUAUUAUAUCACCGGUCGAAGGUCAAUUUCAUAAAAUUUAUAUUCAAAAGCAUGAAAAUGUCAGUAUAUUAUUUGCGGAUAUUGUUGGAUUUACUGUAUUAGCAUCACAAUGUACAGCUCAAGAAUUGGUACGAUUAUUGAAUGAGUUAUUUGGGCGAUUUGAUCAAUUAGCCAAUGAUAAUCACUGUUUACGAAUCAAAAUCUUAGGCGAUUGUUACUACUGUGUUAGUGGUUUACCAGAACCACGUUCGGAUCAUGCUCGAUGUACUGUUGAAAUGGGUUUGGAUAUGAUUGAUGCCAUUGCGUCUGUUGUAGAAGCAACAGAUGUACAAUUAAAUAUGCGAGUUGGUAUACAUUCUGGUCGUGUACUUUGUGGAGUUUUAGGCUUAAGAAAAUGGCAGUAUGAUGUAUGGUCGAAUGAUGUUACAUUGGCUAAUAAUAUGGAAGCAGGUGGUGAACCUGGACGAGUCCACAUUACUCAAGCGACCCUUGAUUAUCUCAGUGGGGAAUAUGAGGUGGAACCAGGUCAUGGUGGUUCACGGAAUCAGUAUUUACGGGAUAACAGUGUUACAACAUACUUUAUUAUACCACCAGCCCGACGACGGAAGCCGUUGUUAUUCAACACACUUCAGGUUCGGUCAGCACUUGGCGCAGCACAACGUCGCAAGCUAUCCUUUAAGAAUGUUUCCAAUGUGGUCGUACAAUUAUUGCAUAGUAUCAAAUAUUCAAUGGAGGUACCUUUCUCAAAUAUGGCGUUACAACCUGGUGACAUGAAAGGGAAUUCUGGAAGGAAGGAUGUGGUGCUAGAUCUGCAGAGGGCGCUGCACGCGGAGCCCCCAGGGGCCUCUUACAGUGACUCGGACAGCCCCACCGACAGCAUAUCUAAAAAUAAAGUCACCGAAAAAUUUAAGAGGCCAUUCAAAAAACGACAUUCCAGUAUUUAUCAUCAACCAUCAAAUCGAGUGAAUAAAUAUUUAGCACAAGCAAUUGAAGCAAGAAGUGUCGAUCGUGAAAAAUCAACGCACGUUAAUUUGGCUACGUUAUAUUUUAAAGAUCGUGAUAAAGAAAAUCAAUACCAUGCCGAUAUUGAUGUUGGUUUUAGCAGUUCACUAGCAUGCAGUUUAGUACUAUUGGUGCUAAUUGGUGGUGUGCAAGCAUUAAUAUUACCACGAACAAUAAUAUUAUUAUUGCUAUUUUUAACAGCCUUCAUUUGGGUUGCCGUUGUUUUAAUGUUAUUAUUAGCUGUUCGAUUACGUUGGAUUAUUUGGGAUAUAUCACAAAGUUUUGUAUUACGUUUAGCAAUUACAUGUUUUACAAUCGUAUUGGUUUAUGCCGUUGCUCAAGUGAAUAUUUUCACAUGUCGAACAGAUAUAUGUGUAGUACGUACAACUGCAAAUGUUACAUUGGAUAGUACAUUGGGACAUGACCAUCGUGCAUGUCCGUUACCACAAUACAUAAUAUUAUCAUGUUCAUUAGGAUAUAUGGCUGUAGCAAUAUUUUUACGUCUUCCUAUUGCCCUCAAAGCUUGUCUACUCGUUGUCAUGUCCAUUGUUUAUGUUUUAUUAAUUGAAUUAUCUCAUUUGGAUUUAUUUAAUUGUUAUGACCAAAGAGUUAGAUCUGUUAUACCACAUCAUGUAUUGGCAAUCGUUUAUGUUAUGAUGUUUUUCCUGGCAGUCAUAAUCCAUGGAAGACAAGUGGAAUGGACAGCACGUUUAGAUUUCUUGUGGCAAAUUCAAGCAAAUGAAGAAAAACGUGAAAUGGAUGCAUUACAACAUAGUAAUAAGCGUAUUUUAUUUAAUUUAUUACCAGCCCAUGUGGCCACACAUUUUCUGGAUAAUCAAUUUCGUAGCAAUAUGAACACUCUGUCUCAGGACCUGUACCAUCAAAGCUAUUCACGUGUGGGUGUUGUCUUCGCAUCGAUCACCAACUACCAUGAAUUCUACAUCGAAUUGGAUGGAAACAAUCAAGGUGUGGAAUGUUUACGAUUGUUGAAUGAAAUUAUUGCUGAUUUUGAUGAGUUGUUGGGAGAAGAACGAUUCAAAGCAAUUGAUAAAAUUAAGACUGUCGGAUCAACUUACAUGGCUGCAGUUGGUUUAAUGCCCGAUUUACGUAUAUUAGAUGAAGAUGAGACAACUGCUGGACAUUUUCUCAGUACUUUAGUCGAAUUUGUUUUUGCUAUGCGUGAUAAAUUAUUAAAUAUCAAUGAAAAUUCUUAUAAUAAUUUUAUGUUACGAGUUGGUAUUAAUAUUGGACCGGUAGUAGCCGGUGUAAUUGGUGCUAGAAAACCUCAAUAUGAUAUUUGGGGGAAUACUGUUAAUGUUGCAAGUCGAAUGGAUUCAACAGGGUUACCAAAUCAUACGCAAGUGACUGAAGAAGCGUAUCAAGUAUUACGUAAUUAUCCAUAUGAAUUUCAAUGUCGUGGUAAAGUUAAGGUUAAAGGAAAGGGAGAUAUGACAACAUAUUUUCUUACUGAUCGUAAACAGCCAGGUACUAUCAGGGUUGAAGAAUUGCCAAAUCUACGAGCUGCCAAUGCAUCAACUACAGUUGCUAAUAAUAUGGGUAACAUGUAUGGAGGUGUUGCAACUCCGCUUGCCAUGCUACAUCAAAAUAAUGAAAAUUCCUCAAGCAAUCGUUCGCGAUCACAUAACUCGGGUAAUUCUAUGAGUGGUGCUACACCAAGUGCGUUAGUUCGUAAUGCUCCACGUUUACCACCAUUGCGAGAAGCAUCACGUGGUGAAAGCUUAAACGGUGGUGAAAAUGAACCACUACUCCCAACCACUUCAUCAAAUGCAAAAAUUGUACCUACUCGUAAUUUUCAUAAUGGCAGCAAAAAAUUAAUGGAAGAAGAUUUACCUCCCCCACCUCUUCCCCCACAUAAAAAUAAUCAAUUCCAACAAUCAAGUUCAUCGUCAAAUGGAAUGCGGCAACAACAUGAUGGCAAAUAUAUUCCACCAUGGCCACGAGGAGUAAAUCCUUCAGGUGCUUCAAGUAGAUCACAACAUAAUCCACAACAUAAUCCACAACAGCAAAAUGUUUCCAAAGAUUUAAAACCAUAUUUAAAGCCUUUACCAAAACCUCCAGGCCGUGAUGGAAUAUCACCAAAUAGGUAUCAUAUAAGUAGUGGCAGUAGUAAUGGACGAAGUUCGGGUAAACCUACACCGCCAGCACAUCAACCACAACUAUUACCGUUUCGUGUGGAUCAAAGAACACCCGAACGGAGCCAUGAAGGUGGAGCUAAUCGUUCAAAACUUCGCACAAAUCCUCACAAUCCAUUAUACCAUUUACAAAGACAUUACUCAGAUGAAAGUUUACCUGGAGCAACAUCCAGUUUAUAUGUUUGUAGCGGAGUUCAACAAAGAAUCCAUUCAUCAGCAGAUGAAAUUAGUUCAUUAAAUCAUUCACCCAGUAUUAGUUCGUCUGAUGAAAGUUACAGUCGAACAACGGAUGCAGAUGUGUCUCCAUCACCAUCUCCGCCUUUAGCUAGUACAGAAACAUCAACUAAUGCACAACAGUGGUUGUAUCCAUCUGACAUUCAAGUGAAUCCGUGCUCUUCACCUGACAGUUCACCUAGAGUGUCAGUAGAUUAUAUACCUCCACAAUGUUACAUGCCAGGUGCUACCACACAAAAAACUCCUCAAGAAAAUAUACCUCCGCCACCUAUGUCAAAUUCACGAAGUUUUUCACCAUCAAACCAACAGCAACAACAUUCAAGUAAUGGACGAAGUCAAAGGCAUAAUUCCGCUGGUAAUAAUAUGAAAAAAGAGUGGACCCAAUCUCCACAUAAAUUGAACAGCACGGAACGCCCACAAAACUUAAUUAAAAAAACUAAUGGUAAAAGCCACGCUCCUGAAACGUUACCGCCAGCCACGCUACUUGCUCUUGCUGCGGGUACAAAUACUGUAGACUCAACACUUAUGUCUAGUCCCUUACCGCCAUUAAAUGAUGGAGAAGAUUCAUAUAGAGGUGAUAGUUGUGGAAGUUUUGAAUACAUUGGAAAACAAAGAGGUCAAAAACCUACAUCGUUAAUUAGAGCGUAUAGUGCUAACGGCGAUCGACAAGUGCUAAAUCGAUCAUAUAAUCGAAAUAAUAGUAAACAAAGAAGCUUAGAAAGGAAGGCAAUCUCCAGACCGUCUGAUAGUUCUUUAGAACCGAAUAAAGUAAUAAAUUGUAAACGAUCACCCAGCUUUAAAGAAGUUGAAGAAUUGAAAGAAGAUGAAAAAGCAACACUAAGUAGUGAAAAGUCAUCCAAGAAAGAUGGUUCUAGUCAAACUGAUAAGAAAGAUAUGGCAUCAAGUCGUGGACAUAGUCAUCGAAGAGAAAAACAUUCCCCGCAUGCUGUAAAAGUUCAAAAUGAUUCAAAUGAAUCAAGUCAAACGGCAGAAUCAUUGGGCAACAUACCAGGACAUUUUGAAAGAGAAAUACAAAAAUUAUUAGACGAGCAAAAUCUAUUAAAAAAUAAUCCACCCAAAAAUGAAAAGAAUUUAUUAAAUAAAGAAAUCAUUUCAUUAGAUGAAAUGAAAAAUAUAAAUCAUGAAAAUUAUAAGGAAUUACCACAAAUUAUUGAAAGGUACGGAAUAAAUCGCAGCCCUCUAAUAAAUGGUAAUAAUAACAGUAAUACUGCGCUUAUCACGCACCAAGUUGGGCUAGCUGCUAUCCAAGAAUUGGCUAGGAAACAACAGGAUGAAUUAAAUAAUCUCAUGACCGUGAAUACGGACAUUGAUAAACAUCAGUUAGGUUUUAGGUUUAAUCCAGUAGAUCAUAGCAUGACACUGCAAGUUAUGCCUAUCGAGACAAUUGUCUUGGAUAGAGAAAGCAGUAAGGAUAGUUCACUGAAACGUAGCCGUGGAACAACUCCUGAUGAAGAAGGGGAGUGUUGCAAAGUUCAGAAAGUAUCGUCAUUACCAAAGAAAUUCCCAGGUGCAGGUGCUGGAUUUCUGUUGGGCGAGCAGGUCUCGUUAUCAAUGCUUGGGAGUUUCAGAGGAGGAAAUGCGGAGUCUGAGCAAAUAACAAAACAACAAUAUCCAGAUGAUACGGAUUUGGAAAGUUUUGAGAAUAAAGAAAAGGAAAUUUAUGAAGUUAAUCGUCAAGAGGAGGCAGAAGUUAAGCGAUUAUUUGAAGAGACAGUUGAACGGAAACUAGGUAGUGCUGGAGGUGGUGGAGGUAUUGGUGAAAGUCAGUCCGAGUGGAGUGAAGAUGAUGAUGAAGGUGCCGCGUCUGAACCUUUACUCGCUGACAGAGAAUCCACUGGAUAUACAACAGAUGAUCCAGCUUUAGAAAAUAUUUCUAUGCUCAAUGAAACUGGAUUAACUGAUGCAGAAGGUGCAUUAAGUGACGUAAAUUCUGUUUACAAUGAACAUGGACAUGAUGGUGAUAUGGAUGACAAUACAAGUAUGUCAUCUCGAGCAUCAUCACGAAUAUUCGAUUCUGAUGCAAUGAUGAGUUUAGAUUCGUUAAGUGCACUCUACGAUUCCGAAUAUGAUAAUUGUUAUCGUACCGAUGACGAUAUUAAUGCUGCACCAGAUUUGGAUCGUUUAAAUUAUUUUGCUGUGACAGCAGAAGCUGAUAUAAAUUUAGCAAAUAUUCGCUCUAUGAGUGAAAGUAUUACUAGAAACUUUGGUCAACCACGUAAUAGUGAAACGGAUCCAGAUAGUGAUGUGUAAAAAUUAUUUAAAAAAAAAA